AUGUCCAUAUGCCCAGGCACAGAGCUGACUGACAAUGUGCCCAACCUUCAUGUUGUGAAGGCCGCACAAUCGCUUCAGUCUCGAGGAUACGUGAAGAAGCAGUUUGCCUGGAGACAUUUCUUCUGGAACUUACCAAUGACAGGCGAAUUUCAGGAACUGCAGGAGACGCACAGAGUCUAUAAGCAGAAGCUGGAGGAGCUGACAGCGCUGCAGACCUCGUGCAGCGGCUCCAUCAGUAAGCAGAAGAAGCGGCUCCGGGAACUGAAGCACACCCUACAGAGGUACAAGCGCCAUGCCAGUCGGGAGGAGGCGGAGCUCGUCCAGCAAAUGGCCGCGAACAUCAAGGAGCGGCAGAAUGUCUUCUUCGACAUGGAGGCCUACCUGCCCAAGAGGAAUGGCCUGUACUUGAACCUGGUCCUCGGCAAUGUGAAUGUGACCCUCCUCAGCAACCAGGCCAAGUUUGCCUACAAGGACGAGUAUGAGAAGUUCAAGCUCUACUUGACCAUCAUCCUGCUUCUGGGCGCGGUGGCUUGUCGGUUCUUCCUCCAUUACAGGGUGACAGACGAAGUCUUCAACUUCCUGCUAGUGUGGUACUACUGCACCCUGACCAUUCGGGAGAGCAUUCUCAUCAGCAACGGCUCCAGAAUUAAAGGCUGGUGGGUGUCUCACCAUUACGUGUCCACGUUCCUGUCCGGAGUGAUGCUGACCUGGCCUAACGGACUAAUUUACCAGAAGUUUCGCAACCAGUUUUUAGCUUUUUCAAUUUUUCAGAGCUGCGUCCAGUUCCUGCAAUAUUACUACCAGAGAGGCUGCCUCUACAGGCUGCGGGCCCUGGGUGAGAGGAAUCACCUGGACCUCACAGUGGAAGGAUUCCAGUCCUGGAUGUGGCGGGGCCUCACCUUCCUCCUGCCUUUCCUGUUCUGUGGCCAUUUCUGGCAGCUCUACAAUGCCGUCACGUUGUUCGAGCUCUCCAGCCAUGAAGAAUGCAAAGAAUGGCAGGUGUUCGUGUUGGCACUCACCUUCCUCGUCCUCUUCCUCGGCAACUUCCUGACCACACUCAAAGUCGUGCACGCCAAACUCCAGCAGAACAGAAACAAGACGAAGAAGCCAUGAGCCAUGGGACUCUGCCCCUCGGGCCGGACGUUAAGACUGCCGGGGGUGCCAGUGGGCACCUGCUGUCCAGCCCUCCCCGGCAGGGCCAGGGCAGCGGCCAGCGUGGGCCAGCGGCUUGGCUGCGCGGGUGAAGCCCUGGGCCCAGCAGAGAGGAACGUGCGCCUGCUGCCCGCACAGUAUUAGCCACCCAGCCGCCCUAUUUAUGAUGUAUUUAAUACCUGGUCCUCCCAGCCUCCCUGGAAUCCGAGGCCUUCCCAUUGUGCUGGGCUGUGGCUAAGAUGGGUCAGUCUUCCUGCGGGAGGGGCCCAAAGCCUCAGGGAGCCCCUCUGCCCACUCCCGUCACUUGAACCCCUCACGCUGGGGUUCCGAUGUGCCUCACCAGGGUUGAAUCUGCGUCGACUGCUCCUUACCAAGUCCCAGGGGUGGAAUGAAACCCUUUGGCGUCCUGUGGACCCCCUCCCGGGCCACUCUGCUUUUGCUGCGAGCUCCCUGCUCCUCUGACCUCUGCCCCCCCCGGGGUGGAGGGUCAUUUACGUCCCGGGAGAGCCCGUCUAGGCCUGCGCCUUGUGCUUCCUGAGCCUGCAGUCCCCCUGGACCUGGAGAGCUGUUGAUGGUUGUCCCCAGGCUGGCAGGUUUCCAGGAGAGCCACCACCAGAGGGCGCCCCAGCCUCUGUUCCUUUGCCGAGGGCAUGGCCGACACAGUAAGUUCAAGUUCACUCCCAUCCUUCGGACACCCUCCCACUCUUGCAGCUGGCUGGGACUUAGCCAUGAAGAGGUCACCCCGCCAGCACCAUCCUCCCUCCACCGCAGGGCUCCUGGGGGGCCGAGCAGGCUCUCCAUCUACCUAGAGCUGGGUCCCCAGUCUGUAGGGGUGAAGUUCUGCCCCUCCCAAUACAGGGGCCUCAGCUGCCUGUAACUGUUUCCCUGAGACCCAGAGAGCACACUUCAUAGCUAGUGCCCCAGUCAUGCUUGUUUGACCUUCCAAGAAGCUGUAAAAUUCUCAAAUUGGUUAUAUUU